AUUGUAUUUCUUUGUUUCCUCUCCAGGCCUCCUCCCCUGAGCGGCAGCCCCGUCAUCUCCGACAUCUCCCUCAUCCGUCUGUCUCCUCACCCUGCUGGGCCUGGCGAAUCGCCCUUCAGCCCACCGCACCCCUACGUGACGCCCCACAUGGAGCACUACCUCCGCUCUGUACAUGGCAGCCCAACGCUCUCCGUCAUCUCUGCUGCCAGAGGGCUCAGCCCCGCUGAUGUGGCUCAUGAGCAUCUGAAGGAGCGAGGCCUCUUCGGGCUGCCCCCACCGCCACCAGGAGCCAACCCAACCGACUACUACCACCAAAUGACGCUGAUGGCCGGCCACCCCAACCCCUACGGGGACAUCCUGAUGCAGAGCGGUGGAGCAGCCAGCACGGCCCACCUCCACGAGUACCUCAGCCCUGUUGAUGUGUCCCGGUUUUCAAGCCCACGGGUGACUCCGAGAUUAAGCCGAAAACGAGCCCUGUCUAUUUCCCCACUGUCUGAUGCCAGCAUUGAUCUGCAGACGAUGAUCAGGACCUCCCCAAACUCUCUUGUGGCAUAUAUUAACAACUCCAGAAGCAGCUCAGCGGCAAGUGGCUCCUACGGCCAUUUAUCUGCCGGGACAAUAAGCCCUGCAUUCAGCUUUCCCCACCCCAUCAACCCCGUGACGUACCAGCAGAUCCUGACCCAGCAGCGAGGUCUGAGCUCUGCUUUCGGGCAUACUCCUCCCCUCAUCCAGCCGUCUCCCACCUUUCCCCCUCGGCAGCACAUGGCCGUCAUCUCCGUCAACCCACCUCCGGCACAGAUCAGCAGCAACAGCAACUGCAUCUCCGACUCCAGUCAGAGCAAGCAGAGCAGCGAGUCAGCCGUGAGCAGCACCGUCAAUCCUGUAAUUAACAAGCGCACCAAAGUCAAGACCGAAGUCGAGGGCUUGCCCCCAGUAUCCCCAACCACGCAGGAGCAUCUGACAGACCUGAAAGAAGAUCUAGAUAAGGAUGAAUGUAAACAGGAGCCUGAGGUUAUUUAUGAGACGAACUGUCACUGGGAAGGGUGCACAAAGGAAUAUGACACUCAAGAGCAGCUCGUCCAUCACAUCAACAAUGAUCAUAUCCAUGGGGAGAAGAAGGAGUUUGUCUGCCGCUGGCAGGACUGCACGCGGGAGCAGAAGCCCUUCAAAGCUCAAUACAUGCUGGUGGUGCACAUGCGAAGGCACACUGGAGAGAAGCCCCACAAGUGCACGUUUGAGGGUUGCUCCAAGGCUUACUCCCGCCUGGAGAACUUAAAGACACACCUGAGGUCCCACACUGGAGAAAAACCUUACGUCUGUGAACACGAAGGCUGCAAUAAAGCCUUUUCCAAUGCCUCGGAUAGAGCCAAGCACCAGAACAGGACACAUUCCAAUGAGAAACCCUAUGUCUGUAAAAUCCCUGGCUGCACAAAGAGGUACACAGACCCUAGUUCGCUCAGGAAACAUGUCAAGACUGUACACGGACCUGAUGCCCACGUCACAAAGAAACAGCGCAACGACGUGCACCCAAGGCCACCUCCUCUCAAGGAAAAUGGGGACAAUGAGGCGAGUGCCAAGCAGAGCAGUAAGGUGUCAGAGGAGAGCCCCGAGGCCAACAGUACCACAAGGAGCAUGGAGGAUUGCUUACAAGUCAAGACGAUAAAAACAGAGAAUUCUGUGAUGUGUCAGUCCAGUCCUGGUGGCCAGUCAUCAUGCAGCAGUGAGCCGUCACCCCUGGGCAGCACCAACAACAAUGACAGUGGAGUAGAAAUGAACAUGCACAGCGGGGGAAGUCUGGGAGAUCUGACGGCGUUGGAUGACAACGCUCCUGUUGUGGACUCAACGGUCUCAUCUGGUAAUUUGACAGUCAGCCUGCAACUGAGGAAACACAUGACAACAAUGCAACGACUUGAACAGCUCAAGAAAGAGAAACUCAAGACAGUUAAGGAUUCUUGCUCAUGGGUGAACCCAGCUCCACAAGGCAGAAACACCAAGCUGCCUCCCAUCUCAGGAAAUGGCUCUAUUCUAGAAAACAGUGGUGGUUCUUCUGCUACGCUGCCUAAUCCAAGAAUAAUGGAGCUGUCUGUCAAUGAGGUUACGAUGCUGAAUCAAAUCAAUGAGCGCCGUGAUAGUACGACAAGCACCAUCAGCUCUGCCUACACCGUGAGCCGCAGAUCAUCAGGGAUUUCCCCAUACUUCUCCAGCCGCCGCUCCAGCGAGGCUUCACAGCUCGGGCACCGUCCCAAUAACACGAGCUCUGCUGACUCUUAUGACCCGAUUUCAACGGAUGCUUCUCGCCGGUCAAGUGAGGCGAGCCAAUGCAGCGGGAUGCCGGGCCUACUCAACCUCACACCAGCUCAGCACUACAGGCUGAAAGCCAAGUACGCUGCUGCCACAGGGGGCCCUCCUCCAACACCUCUUCCAAACAUGGAGAGGAUGACCUUGAAGAACAGAAUCUCACUAAUGGAUGGGCCAGAGCCCACCUUGCCCUCCAUUCGCCUCCCACCAGGCCCCAGGCGUUGCAGUGAUGGCAACACCUAUGGCUAUACAUCCGCUGCAGCAUUUCCCCAUGAGGUUCCAGGCAACUGCACGAGACGGGCAAGCGACCCAGUGAGGAGACCUGCUGGAGAGCCCCAGGCCCUCCCAAGGGUUCACCGCUUCAACAGCACCAACAGCAUGAACCCCUUCCAUCCUCCACAUCCUGCAGACAGGAGGAAUUUCAGCAUGCAGAGCUAUGGGCGCUCUGAUGGGAGUCUUGCCCGGCACAACUACUCGCCCCGGCCACUGAGCAUCAGUGAAAACAUCGCCAUGGAAGCCAUGUCUGGGGAGGCAGAGGUGCCCGUUGGAGAUGAUGACAUUAUGCUGCCAGAUGAUGUGGUACAGUACAUCAAAUCUCAGAAUAACGGGACAGCAGCUGAGAGCACUUCCAUGGGGUACAGCAAUGAGAUGCAGAGCUUCCAGGGAGGUGGGAAGCUGCAGCCACCAGCCUUUCCCAACCAGCGCAGGAUGGCGGUGGCCGAGGCGAGCGUGAGCCAUUUGGGGCCCAUGAUGGCAGAAUGUCCCAUGAGCUUUGACACGGCCUCAGACAUGAAUAAAAAUAACAUGCCUGUCCAGUGGAACGAAGUAAGCUCGGGUACAGUUGAUCUUAUGUCCAAUCAAUCAAAGCAGCAGUUUUCACAAGGGAACUUAGCAGUGGUCCAGCAGAAGCAGAACUUUGGUCAGUACCAGAGCUACAACCAGCAGCAGAUGCAGCUACCAGAGAACAGCAUGAAUGUAACACAGCAGAGCUUUAUGCAAAGAAAUGUGGGCAUGGAUGGGCAGAGGCUAAACUGUAUGCAGCUGCGGCAGCAGCCGAUGAGCCUAGGCCCAGGGAUGAACCCUGAUCUGGGCUCGCAGGCAGGGUAUAACCAAGCUCAUCAGAUGCUGAGCCCCAGUGCAAUCAACGGAAACCCAAAUCAGCUCUCUCCAUCUUGUAGCAACAUGGCGACAAAGCCUGGGCCCCACCUCCACCCUCAGCAAAUAGACAUGGCGACCGACCCAUCCUUAAUGGUCAGCAGCAACAGCGAGCGCACAAUGCUGAACCAGGUCAUGCACGAACCGAGCCAGCAGAACUACUCAUCUCAGCCAACCCACAUGAACUUCCCCAUGGCUCAGGAGGCUUUCCAUCAGCCCAUCAUGCCCUCCAACCAGCAGAGCUUUGAGCCCCAGCAGAGCAUGAUGGGCUCAGCGCAGACGUAUCCAACUGGCAUGGUCCAACCUCGUCCCCCCGCUGAGCCCAGCCCGGCCAACAGGCCUCGAGGCCUCCGCACCGUACAGCAGCUGGGCUACAUGAGAACUCCUCACCCUACAAACACCAUGAGCCCAGGCCAGGAGGCGAUGGAGGCUGUGCAUAAAAGAACCGGCGACAUGUUGCCAGCAUCAACCCAACAGUGUGCAGAUGGCACGAGGGAAAAUAAUUUGAUGUACUAUUAUGGUCAAAUCCACAUGUACGAACAAAACAGCGGCUUUGAUAAUCACUCGGACUGCAGGGUCAGGCAGCAGCAGUGCGCACUGAGCAGCAAGCCGGCCGCUCUGCCAUCCCCGGGCACCAACCAGGUGUCCAGCACGGUGGACUCGCAAGGUCUUGAGCCGCCCCAGAUAGAUUUUGAUGCCAUCAUGGACGAUGGGGACCACUCGAGCCUGAUGUCAGGAACCCUGAGCCCCAGCAUCCUGCAGAACCUCUCCCAGAACUCCUCUCGCCUGACGACUCCACGAAACUCUCUGACUCUGCCCACCAUACCCACGGGAAUAAGCAAUAUGGCAAUAGGAGAUAUGAGCUCCAUGCUGACCACCCUGGCAGAAGAGAGUAAAUUUCUCAACAUGAUGUCCUAACAGUAAAGCACAAGGCCUGAGCGCUAUCCAAGGGGUCUGUGUAAAGCAGGUUUAUCAAUGUGCUUUUGAAAAAUAAUCUGUUCCAAUAGAGUAGACUUGUUUGUUUUUUUUUGUUGUUUUUUUGUUUGUUUGUUUGUUUGUUUUUUGUAAGUAUUAAAUACCUUAAAGGGAUUUAAAGUAAAAAAAAAAA